AUUAAAGAUUAGUAGUAGUAAUCAAGUAAAAGUGGUCAUUUGAGGCUUCUUCCCUGGCUAUUGUGUUGUUCAUCCCCCACAUUCCAGCUUAAAGUUCUUUGCUUUUCAUUUUUACUACUAUUUUAAUUCUUUUCUCUCUCUUAUUUUUUGCUUAAAGCCUUAAAAUUCUUUCAUUUUCCUCCAUUUUUUCUCAUUCAAAGACAAAGACUCAUUCUCAGAAACUUUCUUCUUCUUUUUCAUCAAUUCAUACAAGUUUGAAUCCAUCAGCUUUCUUGUCUUCCUUCCGAUCUGCUGUUUCUUACUUUUCUAAUUCUGAAUUCUGAGGUAGCCAUUACUUUUUAUUGUACAAAUACAAAAAUAUAAAAGAAAUGGCAACCUCGGAAAAUGUUAUAGUCGGUUCUAAGGUAUGGGUUGAAGAUCCAGAAUUAGCAUGGAUCGAUGGAGAGGUCACAAAAAUCAAUGGCCAAGAACUUCAGGUUAAAACUACAAGUGGAAAAUUGAUUGUUACAGAGGUUUCAAAGGCCUAUCCUUUAGACGAGGAAGCUCCUGCUGGAGGUGUUGACGACAUGACAAAACUUGCAUACUUGCAUGAACCAGGAGUUCUCUCCAAUUUAGCCAUCAGAUACUCAAUCAAUGAAAUUUAUACGUAUACAGGAAAUAUUCUCAUUGCAGUAAAUCCAUUUCAAAGAUUACCUCAUUUGUAUGAUAAGCACAUGAUGGAGCAAUAUAAGGGUGCCGGAUUCGGAGAGCUCAGUCCUCAUGUUUUUGCAAUUGCUGACGCCUCAUACAGGGCUAUGAUUAAUGAGGGAAAAAGCAAUUCAAUCUUGGUUAGUGGAGAAAGUGGUGCUGGUAAGACUGAGACAACCAAGAUGCUUAUGAGAUAUCUGGCGUACUUGGGGGGUCGGUCUGGUGUAGAAGGCCGUACAGUUGAACAACAAGUUCUAGAAUCCAAUCCGGUUCUGGAAGCUUUUGGAAAUGCCAAAACUGUAAGAAAUAACAAUUCAAGUCGUUUUGGAAAAUUCGUGGAGAUUCAGUUUGACAAACAUGGGAAGAUAUCUGGUGCUGCUAUUAGAACCUAUCUUUUAGAAAGAUCCCGUGUCUGCCAGGUUUCAGAUCCUGAAAGAAAUUAUCACUGUUUUUAUCUUCUCUGUGCGGCACCCCAAGAGGUUCGAGAGAAGUACAAAUUGGAUAGCCCAGAGAAAUUCCAUUACUUAAAUCAAACGAAUUGUUAUAGGUUGGAUGGAGUUGAUGAUUCUGAGGAAUAUCUAGCGACUCGAAGGGCUAUGGAUGUGGUUGGGAUCAGUGCAGAAGACCAGGAAGCUAUUUUCAGAGUCGUUGCUGCAAUUCUUCAUCUUGGUAAUGUAAACUUCUCUAAAGGAGCAGAGGUAGACUCUUCUGUUCUUAAGGAUGAGAAAUCGAGGUUCCAUUUAGAGAUGACUGCUGAACUGCUUAGGUGUGAUGUUAAGAAUCUAGAAGAUGCACUUAUUAAACGUGUGAUGGUGACCCCAGAAGAAGUAAUCACAAGAACUCUUGAUCCUGAUUCUGCAGCUGUUAGUAGAGACGCAUUUGCUAAAACUAUAUACUCGCGUUUGUUUGAUUGGCUUGUGGAUAAGAUCAAUAGUUCAAUUGGGCAGGAUCCAAAUUCCAAAUCAAUUAUUGGGGUUCUUGAUAUAUAUGGUUUUGAAAGCUUCAAAUUCAACAGUUUUGAGCAGUUUUGUAUCAACUUCACCAAUGAAAAGCUCCAGCAGCAUUUUAAUCAGCAUGUUUUCAAGAUGGAGCAGGAAGAGUAUACGAAAGAAGAAAUCAACUGGAGCUACAUAGAAUUUGUGGACAAUCAGGAUGUAUUGGACAUGAUUGAGAAGAAACCAGGAGGGGUUAUUGCGCUUCUUGAUGAAGCAUGUAUGUUUCCCAAGUCUACGCAUGAAACAUUUGCUCAAAAAUUGUACCAGACAUUUGCAAAACAUAAACGCUUUGUGAAACCCAAGCUUUCUCGCACAAGCUUUACCAUCUGCCACUACGCAGGAGAGGUGAUGUAUCUAGCGGAUCAGUUUCUAGAUAAAAAUAAAGAUUAUGUUAUAGCAGAGCAUCAAGAUCUUCUGCAAGCCUCAAAAUGUUCUUUUGUAGCUGGUUUGUUCCCUCCACUUCCAGAGGAAACAUCGAAGUCUUCUAAAUUUUCUUCAAUUGGAUCUCGCUUUAAGCUACAACUUCAGCAAUUGAUGGAGACUCUAAAUUCCACAGAGCCUCACUACAUCAGAUGUGUGAAACCAAAUAAUCUUCUGAAGCCUGCUAUAUUUGAGAAUGUUAAUAUCCUUAACCAGUUACGAUGUGGUGGUGUUCUUGAAGCAAUCAGAAUCAGCUGUGCUGGAUAUCCUACAAGACGAACAUUUGAAGAUUUUAUUCUCCGUUUUGGUGUGCUUGCUCCUGAAGUUUUGGAUGGGAAAUGUGAUGACAAGGUUGUAUGCCAGAAGAUAUUGGAUAAAAUGGGAUUGAAAGGUUACCAGAUAGGAAAAACAAAGGUUUUCCUACGAGCUGGUCAGAUGGCAGAGUUGGAUACAAGGAGGGCAGAAGUUUUGGGCAACGCUGCAAGGAAGAUUCAAAGAUGUGGACGUACAUAUAUAGCUCGCAGAGAAUUCGUUGCGUACCGAAAUGCAGCUAUUCAACUUCAGUCUUGGUGCAGAAGUGCUCUUGCCCGUAAGGUUCAUGAAGAAUUGCGCAGACAAGCAGCUGCGAUUAGAAUUCAGAAAAGCAUCCGCUGCUACAGGGCCAGGAAAUCCUAUUUGACAGUAAGGUCAUCUGCAAUUAAAGUACAGACUGGAUUAAGAGGGAUGCAGGCUCGGAAUGUUUUCAGAUACAAAAAAGAAACGAAGGCUGCCAUCAUUAUUCAGACUCGUCAGCGAUGCCACGUGGCUUCUUCUUAUUACAAGAGCCUUCAAAAGGCUGCUCUUGCUACUCAAUGUGGUUGGAGACAAAGAGUUGCAAGGAAAGAACUCAGACAGCUCAAGAUGGCUGCCAGAGAAACGGGCGCUCUCAAAGAAGCAAAAGACAAGCUGGAAAAGCGAGUGGAAGAACUUACAUGGCGUUUGCAAUUCGAGGGUCAAUUAAGGAAAAACUUGGAAGAGGAGAAAGGUCAAGAAAUUGCCAAAUUACAGGAAGCUUUGCAAGCCAUGCAACUGCAGAUCGAUGAAGCAAAUGCUCGUGUGGUUAAAGAGAGAGAGGCAGCUAAGAAAGCUAUUGAAGAAGCUCCUCCAGUCAUCAAAGAGGUUCCGGUUAUGGUUCAAGAUACGGAGAAGGUCGAGUCAUUAACUGCUGAAGUUGACAAUCUAAAGGCCUUAUUAGAGAGAGAAAAAGAGGCUGCCGAUGUUGCCAGAAAGGCUUUCUCAGACACUGAGGAAAGAAAUGCAGAGUUACUUAAAAAAGUUGAAGGUUCAGAUGACACAAUAUCACAACUCAAAGAUUUUAUGCAAAGAAUGGAGGAGAAACUUUCCAAUGCAGAGUCAGAAUCUCAAGUACUACGCCAACAAACAUUAGAGAUGACUCAAAAGCUCUCUAGUGCGGAGUCAGAAAUCCAGCAGAUGGCAGAAAAACUUAAGAAGGCAGAGUCAGAGUUGCAAGGUCUUCGACAACAAGCCCUCACAAUGUCACCUAUAGCCAAAUCUGCUCCAGUCCGUUCAAAGACAAUGGCUGUUCAGAGAACUCCUGAGAAUGGGCAUAUUCAAAAUGGUGAAGCUAAGCCCAUACCUUCACCGAUCACGACUAUUGCUGAAUAUUCACCUGAGGAUAAACCACAAAAAUCUCUUAAUGAGAAGCAGCAGGAGUAUCAAGACUUGUUGAUCAAGUGCAUAGUAGAGAACCUUGGAUUUUCCAAGGGCAAGCCAAUCGCCGCUUGUGUUAUAUAUAAGUGUCUACUUCAGUGGAGGUCCUUUGAAGUUGAAAGAACUAAUAUUUUUGAUCGUAUUAUACAAACAAUAGGUUCAUCCAUAGAGGUUCAGGAAAAUAAUGAUAUGUUAGCCUAUUGGUUAUCUAAUACAUCCACGUUGUUGAUGCUACUCCAACAAACGCUCAAAGCCACGGGAGCUGCUGGCUAUACUCCACAGAGACGUAGGACAAUGUCAACUUCUCUGUUUGGAAGAAUGUCAUCACUUAGAGCAUCUCCUCAAAGUCCUGGCCUGUCGUUUCUCAAUGGUCGCCUCAACAAAACAGAUGAUGUUCGCCAAGUUGAGGCCAAAUAUCCUGCUUUAUUGUUCAAACAGCAGCUUACAGCAUUCCUCGAGAAAAUAUAUGGCAUGAUAAGAGACAACUUGAAGAAAGAGAUCUCUCCAUUGCUUGGGUUAUGCAUCCAGGCACCUCGAACAUCACGGGCAAGUUUGAUGAAAGGACGGACUCAUGCCAAUACUGUUGCUCAACAAGCUUUGAUAGCACACUGGCAAAGCAUCGUAAAAAGUCUCAACAAUUACUUACAGAUGAUGCAAGCAAACUACGUUCCUCCUUUCUUAGUACGAAAAGUUUUCUCUCAAAUAUUCUCAUUUAUCAAUGUCCAGUUAUUCAACAGUCUUCUGCUACGACGUGAAUGCUGCUCCUUCAGUAACGGAGAGUAUGUAAAAGCAGGUUUAGCAGAAUUGGAGCAGUGGUGCUAUGAUGCUACAGAGGAAUAUGCCGGCUCAGCAUGGGAUGAGUUGAAGCAUAUUCGACAAGCGGUCGGAUUCCUUGUCAUCCAUCAGAAGCCCAAGAAAACGUUAAAUGAGAUUACAAAAGAUCUAUGUCCAGCACUCAGCAUACAACAAUUGUAUAGAAUCAGCACAAUGUACUGGGACGACAAAUAUGGAACUCAUACUGUAUCUUCCGAUGUUAUUUCAAGUAUGAGAGUUCAGAUGACCGAGGAUGCAAACAGUGCCGUGACAAAUUCAUUCUUACUAGACGAUGAUUCAAGUAUCCCGUUCUCUUUGGACGAGAUCUCCAGCUCAAUGCAACAGCAGCCCGGAACAGGUGAUAUAGAACCUCCGACACUGUUAAGAGAACACUCGGGUUUUUCAUUCUUAAUUCAAAACUCAGAGUGAGCACAAACUAGGGUUGUAAACAUGAACAUGAAAUCCCGUCUCAGCCCGGAUGGCCUAUCGAUCUACUGCAUUCAUUUGGCAUGCGAAAACUUGUCCAUAUAUAUUCAACAACACUCACCUGAUUCUUUAUAUAUUGGAAGGGCAUCCAUGGUUUGCCUUACACACAGGAGAGGUUUAUUUAUUCUUUUACGGUCGCGUCCUUUUAAGGCGACUGGUUAUUCUUUAAAUUUUGGAAGUCCAUAUGCUCUAUGGACAUAAGUGUGCAAAUUUUAGUGCCAUGAUUUUUUCUUUUAUUGUUUUUUGUCAGUCCCCUUAAAAGGGAAGGGGGUUUAUGAUGAAAAUGGUUUGUUUUUUUAUUAGGGUUUUUUAAUAGUUUGUUGGUUGAGUGUAUCUAAAGGUAGGUUUGCCAAGCUUUGAAGCAUUUGUUAUAUUGAGGAAUUAUGUAUGUAUUCAAGUUUUUUGUAGUAAAUAUAAGUGCACUUUUAUGUAUAA